UUGAGAAGCACCAAAUCUUUAGCUAAUUUUAGGAAAUCUGUUGAAGAGACGUCAAUUGACAAUCACCCUGAGAAAAGCAAUCACGAUUCGGAUAUCAAGUUUGUUGCCUUUCUUCUCGAAAAUGCAAAAAAGAUAUUUUCAAACACUGACGAGCCAAAUAAAACGGUUGAAAGUUUUUCGAUUGAUGGAAUAAAAUUAGAUUCACUGAAUAUGCCCACUGUUAACGGAACUACGGAACAAAAUGCUGCUUAUAAUGAAUCGCACAAUGAAAAUAAUAUUUUAAAUUUAGGAUAUUUAGACACUAACCUUUCGAAGAGUCCUUCAACUGAGAAUGUCGUGGAGAUCGAAAAAUCUGAAAAAUUAAGUGUAUUUACUGACUAUAAUAUUUCAUUAACGGAAAUAGGACAAUUAUUUACUGAAAAACCAACAUAUCGCAACCCAGAAAACUUCUUACUUUUAGAAAAAAAGGAUGUAGCAAAAAUUGAUAAAAAUGCACGAAAGCCGCAGCAAUUACCAUCUUUAGAGGCAACUAUUUUUAGUCAAAAGAACACCAGACGUUCAUGCAUAGCAUGUAAUAAUAUAGGUUCUAUGGACUGCAUGGAUCCUCAAAAUAAACUAGAAUCCUUCAACGCCAGUGAUGAGAAGACAGUGGAGUUAUUAAAGCCUCAGGCUGCUCUGGUUACUGCUGAUUUAGAAUGCAUAAAGCAAUAG